AUGCACUCGGACAAAGGUGACUCGCGUAGAAGCGCACAUGUCGACCCUUCUCUCCCCCCCUCUGGUGGCCUAUGGCGGCUGCGGGACGCUGUGCUGGCCGAGGCAGCUGCCAAGGCGUGGCAGCCAACCUUCUUGGGGGCGCUGGAGCAGCUGCUGGAGGUGGCCAAUAUCGUGGCAGCUGUCGACGCUCAUGUGCGUGAAUGCGAGCCGGCCCUCGCUCACCGCGCCUCGCGCGACCCCACGGAAGUGCACGGCGCCCUCACUCACGAUGCCACGGAGAUGUGCAGCGAUGUGCAGGACGCGUCCGUGGCCUUGGAGGUGACAGCAGCGCGGUCUCUAGAGCGGCUGUGCUCGGUGCUGCGGCAGCUAAGCGCCGACUUUGGUCGAUGGGUGCUGCAGCUGCAGGAGUACUUGCUCGUCGUGUGUGAAAGUGCUGCAGCGGCCUCGUAUCCUAGCGAACACCAACCGCCCCCUCCUCUCACGGAGAAUGUGCGCACCACCCUUUACGAGAACGAGGAAGAGGCGCCGAAAGCGGGAGGUGGGAAGCAGUACCUUUUCCGCACUGGUUCGUACAUGGCGUCAUCUUGCGGUGUGGCGCCCACAGUGCUGCCCGCGUCGUGCUCCCUGGCUAACCUUGUGGCGGCCGUUCGCGAGAACAUCGUUCCGCUGCAGCGUUUCCAGGUGCUGGUAGAGGAAAGCGGCUGUUUUGAAGGGCUUGCGCGCUUCGACAAGCGAAGCUCGGCAUCGAGGCCAGCGUCGACCACAGGGGCGGCCGCAGCAAGUGGCGCUAGAGAGGAGGCGCCGCCGCCGUUGUUGUCGUGUGCGUUGUUGGCCGCUCGUCUCCUCGACACACUCAUCAUUCAGGCCAGCGCCUUCCAGGACACCUCGACGAUGGAUCUCUACCGCCUCUACGUCAUGACGCUGCUCUACACCGCGUGGCCGUACGUGCUGCUCUGCACAGCAGCCAUCUUCGGCUUUGUCCGCGGCAUUGACCCGCCGGUGUGGCGCCGACAGCUGCCGCGGCUGUUUCGCUCUUCCUUCUCCCACGUGCGCAUCGGCGACGCUAGCCGCCGCUUUCCCACAGACAUCCUCUCGCUGCUGCUGAACUGCGUCGGCUACUAUAAUAGCGAUGGCGUCGCAGCCGCAGCCGCCGCGGGGGAGAAGGAGAAGGGCAUGACACAGCGCACAAGAGAACCAUUCCCAUCGAGCGCUGGUCGUAGCGGUGACUCGGUCGGUGGGGUGUGGGUGCCGGGUCCUCGACAAGCCGGCGCCGGUAGCAGCGGGCGUCGCAGAGGGGAAGCCUCCGAGCAGCACGUCGCAAGGGCUGCGCUUACGUCGGCCCGCGCGUUUGUGUUGCGCAGCCUCGCCAGUUUCACGCGUCGACACAAGCAAAUCGCUCUUUCGCGGACCCCGAUGCAUCCACGACGCGCCUCAGCCGCACCGGCCGGCGUAAAAGGCUACGGAGCGACGACGGCAGCGCCAGCAGCAGCAGCCUCGAGAACUUCAGCUGGGACAACACCACAGUGUCAGCCUUGGCACACGAAGAGCAUGAAGGAGAUUCUGCACUACAUCAUGCACGAAGCCGGCGACCGUCAAGGCGACGAGACCAGCGACGGGGAUCAAGCUGGAAGUGGCACCGUCGCCGCUGUUGUGGCGUACGCCCAGCAGAACCAGGACGUCCGCCGCCGCGUUGUGCAGGUUCCGGCACCGAGCACGGCUGUGGCGCCGGUGGAUGCGACAGGAAGCAGCAACGCUGGCGGCAGCCCCGGUGCAUCGCACUACGUGUACUUUCCCACAACCAUUCCGCUCGGGUUUGCCUCCAUGCUGACGGAGGCCGUGGCAGGGCAGCAGCAGUGGCACCAACGGCGUGGUGGCCGUCGCGUGUCGAGUGUCGCCGAUGAUCAAGGCUAUCUGGCUCCGUCUUCACGCGCAUCUUCCUUGGGGCAUCGCAGGACAUCUGGGGGUGGCAAGGGGAUCGGCAGGCCGCGCCCACUCAUGUGGUCCGACGACGGGAACGCGACUGCUGCUUGGGACAGCAACAACGGUGAUGACGACGGUGGUAACAGCGGCGAUGAGGGCGGCAGUGCGCUGCGGCGGCGCGGCAUAUCGCUCUGGACGCUUGCCAUCACUGAGUCGGACACCACCCCGGACGUACGCUUCACUAACGUCCUCGCUGGAGAGGAGGAGCAAUACCUGGAUGCGGCGGAUACGGGUAGCAAGGCGUUUGGCCAGGGAGGUCAGGCGCAGCGGAAGCAGCGUUCCCAUCAGCUGUGGAUCAACGUCACCAUCCCGUGUGCGCGCUGGAUCACGACGGCGCUGCUCAUCCCCAUUGGUGUGGCGGUGCAGCGGCUGCAGGAGCGUCGCUUGCGUGACCUGUUCACGCUGUCGCUGCAUGCAGUCGCUGGCGGAGUGGACGGCAGCGGCGGCGGCUGUCCUUUGUCGCGUCCUCUGCAUGAGCCCGUGCUGGAGGCACAGCAGCAGCGGCAAUCAGCGGAUACGACGGCUCCGGUAGAGCGGCCAUCGCCUGGAUCCCUCGCACCACUCGAUGGACUUGCCGGCAAAGGGCUUGUGAGCCGCACCGCCACCGCGUACUCUUUUAUUCAUGCGUUGAAGCUGCUCGUUGACGUCGCCCUCUGCCGAGACCAGGAGAGGCUUGUCCACGGAUUCCUGGAGCGACUGCACCGAGAGCCACGAUGGUGGGUGCGACACGCCGAGGACGGCGGGGCGGUGGGGUACGGCCGGCUUGGCACCGCCGCUCCUGUUGUGUCCGCCAUCUUCGCCGAUGCGCUGCGUGGGAAGCGCUUCAGUGAGCUGGUGCGGCUCUCUGUGCUCCCCGCGAGGGUGGUUGCUGCGGCGGCGGCGGCGGCGACCACGACAACCGCCGUCACCUCCACUACACGGGGGCAGCAAGGUGAGCGAGAGGAGGAAAGGCACAGCAGUCCUUCCGUCGCAGCGGACAUGCUCGACGUAUUCGCAUCUUUCCAGUUGGACUUCGCCCUCCCUGACGCCUUCCAGCGCAUCUUGCAGCCGCGAGACUUGAGCGUGUACGUGCAGCCCUUGACGAGCACGACGGAGCGCAGUUACCAGACCUACUUUUGGCAGCGCCGCCGGCGCCUCUACGUGGAUGAGGGUGACGCGGGGGAAGGGAGGGCGUCACCGGCCGCUCCAGCUGCAUCCGACUCAAAUGGCAUUGCCUUCGCCGACGUGUGGAGCUACGUCUUUGGCUACAAGUGCGCCCUCUACUACGCCCAAAUCACGCUGCGGGAGCACAAGAAGCGGCUACACCAACGCGACGCCCAAGAUGCGCAGGUGGCACAAGCGAUGGGCCUGCCAGGACAAAAUGCGGCGCAGCACCUGCGGUAUGUCUCGCGAGGCCUGGGGACUGCCUACUACACCCUCAACUUCGCCGUGGAGCAGCUGCUCUCCUUCAUGCAAAACGUCGCGAUGCGCGUCGUGUAUAACUUGGAGCGCCUGCUCGCCAAAGCCAUGAGCUCGUCUCUCGAGUUGUUAUCCUGCAUGGAGCUGUGCUACCAGUUGGAUGCGCUUCUACUGGAGCUCAGUAUUGUGUCUUUCCCUGCCCGCCCGCCUGUUGCGCUGAACAUGCGGGAGCGGGGUAUGCAGUCCUCUGCGGCCGAAGUGGUGCGCGCGGCGGUGCAGCGGGUGCUCGAGGUGGCGCUCGACCCUUCGCGCCUGCCUGUGUCGCACAUCCGUAGCAGCACGCGCAACGCCGUCGAGGCUCUCGUCGCCGCGGUGUCUGUCGCGGCGGAGAACCACCCGUCCACCCUCGCCACGCAUCUGAAGCCGCUGGUCGUGCGGCUGACGUUCAACCGAUACUACGGCACCGAUGAGGAGAUACGGUCGUUUCACUUUCGGUGA